CGCCUUGAUAAAGGGAGCAGGGAGAAGGAACCUUGAGGAUUGCAUUGCUUGCAACCACGUUCCAUAACAUAUAUUCUGAUCAUCUACCAUUCCAAUUGACCUCAGGAUCCCCCCGUCUUGAUCUCGUGCUCACUUUGUCUCACUCAAACAAAACAAAACAAAACUUACGUCAUAUCACAACACAAACGUCACCAUGGCCGAAGCACAGCUCCACGACUUCCCAUCCCUCUUCUCCCUCGAAGGCAAAGUCGCCGUCGUAACCGGCGGUUCCCGCGGCCUCGGCCUCAGCGCCGCCUCCGCCCUCCUCCAAGCAGGCGCCUCCAAAGUGUUCAUCACCUCGCGCAAAGCCUCCGCCUGCGACGCCGCCUGCGCCUCCCUCAACGCCCUGCCCAACCUCCGCCCAGGCAGCCGCGCCAUCUCCGUCCCGGCCGACGGCGCGACGCUCGACGGGGUCAAGCACCUCGUCUCGCAAGUCUCUGCGCAGACGGAACACGUCGACAUCCUGCUGGCCAACGCGGGCGCGUCGUGGGGCGAAGGGUUCGACACGCACGGCGACGCGGCCUUCGCCAAGGUCAUGGACCUGAACGUGCGCGGGGUGUUCAACGCGGUGCGCGAGUUCGCGCCGCUGCUGCAGCGGCGCGCGACCGCGGCCGAUCCGAGCCGGGUGGUGAUUACCGCGAGCGUGGCAGGGUUGGGGGUGGGGACCCUGGGUAAGCAGGGGACUUAUGGGUAUAGUGCCAGCAAGGCGGCCGUGCUGCAUCUGGGGCGGAAUUUGGCGGUGGAGUUGGGGCCGAGGGGGAUUACGGUGAAUAGUAUCUGCCCGGGGUUUUUUCCGAGUAAGAUGAGCAAUGGGUUGUUGGAGAUGUCGGGUGGUGCUGAGGCGCUGGGCAAGGAGAACCCGUUGAGGCGGCUGGGGCAGGCGGAGGAUAUCGCGGGGGUGGUGGUGUACUUGACCAGCAGGGCGGGCGCGUAUGUCAAUGGGGCGGCGAUUGAGAUUGACGGCGGUGCGUUAUGGCAGAAGGGGCAGCUGGAUGUUAAGUUGUAGGGGAGAGAGUCGGGAUAGAAUAGAGUAUAGCGAGGUGUCUAUUACGUUAUAACACAGGUUUCCCCGAAAU